AUGACGCUUGGGCACGACACGCUACGAAACACACUUAACGGCACGGCCGUUUGCGGAGAGGGGGCGUGUAGACGGACAUUGAUGCUUUCCAUCCAGCCAGAUCCGUUUGAUCCAGAGCAAACUCCGCCAAAAUACAAGAGAUUAGGGAUUGGUCGUUCACGCUUCGAGCAAGUCGUCGAAAUCGUCAUGAAGAGCCCGUAUCCGAAAAUCCAUAGACACCCGAAGCCCGCCGACCGAUCGUGA